GCUCAACGGCCACAAGGCUUCCAUGCUGGAGCUAGAGGAAUGUGUCGAGCGCUUGCAUGGUCGGCGCGUGGACAUCGAUGCGUUGCUACAGGUUGAGCGACACCGAAACCAGGAGCUCGAGAGCGAACUCAGCUUCUGCAAAGAGCAAGUGAAAGAACUGCAGCGGACUCUCAAGGAGUCUUAUGUGCAGCAGUUUGAAGCCUCACAAAAGCGAGAGGAGCUCGAAAGCCACUUUAGCAAGCUAGUCGAGGAGUUGCACCGCCUGAAAGCUGACAAAGAAGGUCUCGAAGGACAGAUCACUCAGCUCAGGAGCGACUUGAAGGAGGCUCGAACUCUCAAUGCUGACAGGGAGUCCCGCUUGCUGGAGGCCACGGGUGAGCUGUCUCUGGCUGAGGAAGUCAUCGAUGCACG